CUUUUAUCUCACAUGAAAGGAGUGCACCUGUCACAUACAGGAAGAAGAAAAUGCUCUUUUGGGUGUUGGCCCUUCUAAUCCUCUGUGCUUUUCUAUGGAAUUACAAAGGACAAGUAAAGAUUGCAGACAUCGCAGAUAAGUACAUUUUCAUCACUGGGUGUGACACGGGCUUUGGAAAUUUGGCGGCUAGAACUUUUGAUAAGAAAGGGUUUCAUGUCAUUGCUGCCUGUCUGACUGAGUCAGGAUCAACAGCUUUGAAGGCAAAAACCUCAGAGAGACUUCACACGGUGCUUCUGGAUGUCACUGACCCAGAGAAUGUCAAGAGGACCGCCCAGUGGGUGAAAAACCACGUUGGUGAAAAAGGUCUCUGGGGUCUGAUCAAUAACGCUGGUGUCCUUGGUGUGCUGGCUCCCACCGACUGGCUCACAGUGGAGGACUACAGAGAACCUAUUGAAGUGAACCUGUUUGGACUCAUCAAUGUGACACUAAAUAUGCUUCCCUUGGUCAAAAAAGCUCAAGGGAGGGUUAUCAACGUCUCUAGCAUCGGAGGCCGGCUUGCAUUCGGUGGAGGGGGCUACACUCCAUCCAAAUAUGCAGUGGAGGGCUUCAACGACAGUUUAAGGAGGGACAUGAAAGCUUUUGGUGUGCAUGUCUCAUGCAUUGAACCAGGACUGUUCAAAACAGAUUUGGCGGAUCCAAUCAAGACAACUGAGAAAAAGCUCGCCAUUUGGAAGCACCUGUCUCCAGAUAUCAAACAACAAUAUGGAGAAGGCUACAUUGAAAAAUGUCUAAACAAACUGAAGAGCACUACGUCCUCCGUGAACGUGGACCUCUCUCUGGUGGUCGAGUGCAUGGACCACGCUCUAACAAGUGUCUUCCCAAAGACUCGCUAUAUUGCUGGAAAAGAUGCCAAGACAUUUUGGAUACCUCUGUCUCAUAUGCCAGCAGUGUUGCAAGACUUUUUAUUGUUGAAACAGAAAGUAGAACUGGCUAAUCCCAAAGCAGUGUGA